UUGCAUAAACACUUUGAUGUUGAUUGUGGUGAUUGUGCGGAAAAACAUCAUUUUUGUUUUGUUGUUUCGUUUAAUGUUCCUUUAUUGUAAAUUCUUAAAAAUAUUUUUGUUAAAUUUUAUUCGUGGAUUUACAUGACAAAUUUGUCAUGUAACAGCAAAAGCGGUGACACAAAAGUGGAGUACGAAUUUAUUGCAAUUUAAGAUAAUGAAUAGGGAAAAAGUUUCUAAUAAAAAAAAUAUAAAUAAAAAAUUAAAAAUCAAUGGAGCAAAUGAAAAAUCAUGUGAUAAAACAGUUAGUUUAAUAAAUGCAACUACUACGAAUGACUUCGAUUUGGUACCACCGGACGGUGGUUGGGGUUGGCUGGUGUUGGCUGGUGCCAUGAUGGUCAACAUAUUGAUACCUGGUACAAUAAAAAGUUUUGGUGUGCUAUUUAUCGAAUUUUUAGAAGCCUUUCAUGCCUCUCCAUCAACAGCUGCCUGGAUACCAGCCUUAUGUUAUUUUCUUUAUAGUUCUUUAGGUCCUGUUUCUAGUAUUCUAUCAGUAAAGUAUUCAUAUAGAACUGUGACGAUUCUUGGCGGUGCUUCAGCAGCGCUAGGUAUGAUUUUAUCUUAUUGGGCCUCAUCUGUUACAUAUUUGUACUUAAGUUACGGUGUACUUGUGGGAAUUGGUGCAGGAUUAUCAUUCCCUCCAACUGUGUAUAUAGUUACUUCAUAUUUUGUUAAAUUACGUGGCUUAGCUAAUGGGUUAUGUAUAUCAGGAAGCGCCUUGGGUUCAAUUAUUUUACCUCCAGUGCUACGAUGGUUGUUAGAAACUUAUGGUUAUAGAGGAGCUGUUCUAAUAAUGGGAGGUAUCACCUUAAACGUAUUUGUUGCAGCCAUAUUUUAUGAGCCUGUGGAACAACAUAUGAUACGUGUACCAAAAACUAAAAAAAUGUUGGAAGAUAUCGAAGAAGAAGAUAUUGGUAUUGUACUUCAAUUUAAAACUGUCGACGAGACACAAAGCAAUGUUAAUGAGACAAUUCAUGACGAAAAUAAUGUCAAUAAACAAUUAAUACCAUAUUCUACACCCACACAAUCACCUGAUUUUCAACGGUACUUGGAUUCAGAUGAUAAUCAAUUUGUGCGCAGUGCAUCCGCAGCUGUUGUUCAAACUUAUGGGAAACAUCAAGAUGAAUAUGGAAAUACACCAUCACGUGUGCGCAAGAUCAGCACCCCAGUUCGCUUGCCGCAACGCAAUCAAACAUUUACAACUGGUCAAUUAAAUUCUCAAUCAUCUCUAUAUGCUGUACCAGAAGGAAAUCGUUCUAGCAAUAAACUUGAACGAUUACAAGCACUACGUAACAGUUCCAAAAAUAGACUUUCACGUCGUUCACCUUCAACUAGUAGUUUUCAAUAUAUAAGCACACCAUAUCACGGAAGUACACUAUCCUUCCAACCAAAAGAAUUUUCCUCACAUUUAUCAUUGCGUUCCAUGGCCAGCGGUACUGGCGCUGGUGCAGGUGAUGGACCAUUAGAUGAUACUGUUGGCGAUGAUGGGGAAUCAACAAUUGGAAAACGCACAAAGUUCUUUGAUUUAAGUUUAUUAAAAGACCCAAUGUAUCUUGUCAUCCUAAUAUCGAAUUCGACGAAUGCUAUUGGUUAUACGAAUUUCAUUAUAUUACUGCCAGCAUAUGGAGUAGCGCUUGGUUUUGAUAAAUCCUUAGCAGCAUAUUUAAUUUCUAUAGUAUCCGCUACAGAUUUAAUUGGUCGUAUCGGUGGUUCGGCAUUAUCAGAUUUAGGAUUUAUACCAAAAACAUGGUAUUUUAUUGGUGGACUUGCAGUAUCAGGCAUAUCUUUAGCUGUUUUACCACUUGCGACAAGUUAUAAAAUGGUUAGUUUUUGGUGUGCGCUUUUCGGUUUGGCUUCCGGCAUUUAUGUGGGUAUAACGGCUGUAAUUAUGGCCGAUAUGCUAGGUACUGAACGAUUAACAUCUUCUUAUGGCAUUAGUUUAUUUGUCAACGGUAUACUACAACUAAUUGGACCGCCGCUAUGUGGUUUAUGGUUCGAGGCUGUGCACAAUUAUAAUCCACUCUUUCAUACACUCGGUAUCACUUUAAUGGCGGGCGCAAGUCUCUGGAGUUUUAUGCCAUUCAUACAAAAACAAAAAGCCAAAGAAGAGUUUGCUAAUGCUGAUGCUGAUGCAGAAGAAGGGGAAACACAAAAAAUCGAAGCAGAAAAUGAAAUGAAAGCAAAACUAAAAUUGUAAUAAGCAACAAAAUUGCCACAAUAUUUUUACAGAAUAUAUACAUACAUUAUAUAUAUGUAUAAGUUAUUUUUUUACAAUAAUUUUUUUUUCAUAUUUGCUUAAUUAGUUAACAAAUUUAAGCCUAGUUUAAGCGUAUGACUUAUUUUCAAAAUGCAAAUAAAUAUUUUGUAUACAAAUUGUAUAAAAGAUAUGAUUUUUUUAUCGCUGUCUGAAGGCAAACAAAACUGCACUGCAAUCGAUAUUAAAUUAAAAUUCUUAAACGGGACUAUGUACAUAUAUAUUUGUCUAUUUAUAACUGAAUUCUAUAACCACAAGGCACGCUUGAGUCUUUAUAUUAGUCUUAUUAUAUACGAUAUGCACAUAUUUUACAUAAAUGUACAUACUUUUAA